AUGAAUGAUACAUCUUCAUUUGAUAGAGUGACAGUGGAUGGUUUGGUACCUCGCCCAUUGGAGCUAACAGCUGAGCAACUGAGAACAUGGUUUCCUCAGGCAACAGUGAUGGCAACACUAAUGUGUGCUGGAAACAGAAGAACAGAAAUGUCCUCAAUAAAACAAGUCAAGGGUGUUGUUUGGGGGCAUGCUGCUGUUAGUAAUGCUAUCUGGAGAGGACCUAGACUGAGAGAUGUUCUUCUUAUGGCAGGAAUUGAAAAGCUUGAAUCUAGAUGGGAAGACCUGCAUGUUGAUUUUGAGGGAGUUGAUAUCUGCAAGGAGGAUAGAGGCUAUGGUUCAUCAAUUCCACUUUUGAAGGCAUUGGAUCCCAGAGGAGAUGUACUUGUUGCUUUGGAGAUGAAUGGCAGUGAGCUUCCCAGAGAUCAUGGUUAUCCUAUGAGAAUUGUAGCACCAGGAAUUGUAGGAGCAAGGUCAGUAAAAUGGCUGAAAUCCAUUAGAGUUCUUGGACAUGAAUCUACAAAUUAUUACCAGAAGAGGGAUUACAAACUUUUCUUACCACAUAUUGAUUGGGAUACUAUAGAUGAUUGGUGGGAGAAAUCACCAUCCAUCCAGGAAUUACCAGUCCAAGCAGCUGCUAUCAGACCUCAACAAGGAGAAUCCAUUACCCCUGGCACUCCUUACACUAUCAAAGGUUAUGCCUUAUCUGGAGGAGGCAGGAGGAUCAUCCGUGUGGAUGUUUCUCUUGAUGGAGGCAAGAGAUGGGAUAUUGCUCGGCUGUUUACCAAAGUGAAUGAGAAUCAGACGAAAGCAAACACCAAGUGGAGCUGGGAUUUCUGGGAAUAUCCUGUCAAAUCCUUCCCUUCUCCUUGUGAAGUAGUGGUCAGAGCAUGGGAUGAUGCUAGUAACACCAUGCCGGAUGACAUGAGCUCCAUCUGGAACCUUAGGGGAGUAUUGAAUAACUCCUGGGUUCGUAUCAAAGUUCCUGCCAAGGCUAAAUUUUAAAUCUUAUGAGGAACAGAGGGACACAAUCUUGGUUUCCAUGUCUGAAAUUUGCUGAUGAAUAAUUCUUCCAUGCAGUAUUGAACAGAAUUGUUGAAUCAAAUUUUAUCACAGAUACUAUAUUGCAAGAAAGUUUUAAACUGUUUACUGAGUAUGCGUGUAUUAUUCCUUUCUUUGUGAUCAGCAUUAUCAUUGUCAUCAUCAUUGUAUUGACAGCUGUAUAUACCGUAAUGCUUGACAGUUGGUGUCAUGCAAUAAUGAAAUGCAUUCUUUAACAUCAGCUCUGACAGUCUAAAAAAAAAUUAUCAUGCCUAAAUUGUGCAUUACCAGGGAUGCCACUUUUCCGUCUGUAUGCGGAAUUCUGUCUUUUUCCCUGCUAUCUGUCUUUUUUCCGACUUUUCCUGAAAAAAUCGGAAAGUCCUCCUUUUUCCCCCCUCUCUCUCUCUCGAUUGCGAUGCAUGCAGUGAGAGAUAUUUGCUAUUAUACAGUACGUAAUUUAUAAACGCGCGCACUACCCACUUCGUCCAUUGAGUUAUGCUUUUAUCAAGGCUUUUCGAUUAGAAUUCUCGAUAUCCUGGCCAAUCAAUGCGAGCGACAAGUUCCGAACGCACGCACAUAGACAAGCGCAAAGCAGCGGCACGAAUCGCGUUAUAAUAGCGACUGGUAAAUACGUCUGUAAGGAGGAUGACGUCAUCCAAGAUGGCAACUUACGAUGACCAACGAAAGGGUCGAGGAUGACUAUGUUUUGAUCAUCAUUUGAAAGGAAUUAGCGGUAACUGCGGUGUAAGGUACGAUGUUUCUGAAUUUUAUAUAUUUUCUUGUAAAUUUGGAUGUAAUGAUUUUUUUAUAAUGUGACAUUUUAUGUACAAAAAACGAUCCGAAAAUCGGGUUUCCGACGAAUGUUAGAUCUAACGUUACUGCUGCAUGCCGAUACGUAACCCAGUGAGCUCCCUUGGGUUACGUAUCAGCUAACUCAGGGAGCUCCGGCCCGUGGAGCUGGCCGGAGCUCCCUGGUUUAGCUGAUACGUUGUCUUUACGUACGGGCCAACAACUCUUCAGUCUAUGUAUUGGUCAGUGGAGCGGCUGGAGCCAACGCGGUUUAGCGGAACAACCAAAAUACAGAGACUGAAGCUUUUGGUCUAGCGUUCUAGGAGCAACACACAACAACUAACUACCAUCAGUUUUUCAAACCUUGACUUCAAAGUCAUCGAUCACAACAAGAUAAGAAGCCACUUGGUCCUCCCCCCCUAAAUUUGAGGUGGGGCGACAGAACCCCCCCCCCUAAAAUUUCUGUUGAUAACUUUUUUUUUUUUUUAAAGGUGGACCCCCCCCCCUAAAUUUUUUGGCUUCCACCCCCAAUGCCCCAAUUUACUGUUCUUGGACACUGUCCCUGCCUGCGAUAAGUUUCAGUAUUUUUGGAGGACACCUAGUGGCAUCCCUGAUUACGCUAUUAAAUUCAGAACACUGACAUUUUUUUUCAUUGUAUUUUUUUUAUAUAACUACAUUAUUGCAUUUUACGAUAAUGACUCAUUAUUAUGUGUUUUUGACAGCUAUAUAAUUGAUAACUUUAUCAUCUAUAAGACUAGUAUUAGUUUUCUUUUUUUUCUUUUAUUGUGCAUUGUUGAUGUGAUUACAAAGUAACCAACAUGUUAUAAGAGAUUUUUAAAUGCAUAUUGUAGAUGGAAUAUGUAAGGAAAGUAAAGUGAGUAUUCUGAGGCUUUUGGGUCAUCAUUUUGAUAAAUUUAUGAAUAUAGUACUAUUUUUUUUCACAUUUUACUCAGAUAUUCCAGUAUUUUCCAUUCUGCAAAAUAACUAUUUUCAGUACAGAAUAAUCAACAUGAUUUUUUUUUCAGCCAAAGUAUCACGUUUGUGAUUCAGCAUUAUUGGACUACCAGUAAAUGGAGUAGAAAUAACCAUGCAGCUGAAUUUCUAAAUUGCCCUUGGAAUAUUUGUCAUGCACACAAUAUCCACAAGAGGGUAUGAUAAUCAAAAGCAAAAGUUAUGUACAUUUGUUUUUCACAAUGCCUUUGUUAAAUGAUGAUUUGUGGGGUUUGAUUUUCCAUCUGUUAUGAUUUGUAUACUUCAUCAAUCUUUAAAAAAAUGUUAUUUUAUGUUUUAAAGGUGAUCUAUGAGAUGAAUAUAGCUUCAAAUACUGUAAUGCCUUCAAGAUCAUGUACAUGUAAGAAGUGAUAUUACUGAUUGAAAUGAAAAGGCAACUUGUAUUCUAGUAGCAAUGGCAUUGUUCUCUGAUCCAUAUUUGGCCACUUAAAGAGGAAGUACAUGCUGACAAAAAGUUUAUUAUAGAAAUAGCAGAAAAAAAAUGAUAAAAAAUUAUUGUCGAAGGUUUGAGAAAUAUCCAUCAAUGAAUAAAAAAGUCAUUAAAAGUUUAAUUAUUUGAUUUUUGACGUCACAUGCGAGCAGCUUUCCUACAUAUCGUAUGGUAAAAUAUCAAUGAAAUGUCAUUUUCUCAGAAAAUUCAAAAUGAUUUUUACUGUACGUUCAGAGUAUUGACAGACAAAUCAUUUCGCUCCUGUUCCUACAAAGAAAAGUCAUCAUGAACCAUUAUAUAAAUGUAAUUUAUGCAUUUAUAUUACAUAGAUAUGGGGCAGCUGCUCAUUUAUCACGUUCCAAAUCCAAAAUUUAAAAUUCUGAUAACUUCCUUAAUUUUUAAUGUAUUUUCCUGAAACUUUUCUGCUAUUUUUACAACAAACUUUUCUUCAGGGUGAACUUCCCCUUUAAUGCAUUAUCCUGACUGGGAAUAGAUGUUGGCUUUAUCAGUAUUACAAUUUUAAAUGAACAAUAUUGACAAAUAAUAAUCUUAACCAGGAUCUUUAUGAAUUAGAUGUGUAAUUUCUGUUUUAUUUUUUUUUUUAUUAUUAGUGUUAUUUUAGUUGUUAUUGUUAAUUCUAUUAACAAAAUGUCAAACUUUUUAUUUCAACUUUUGGAGAUCAAAAGUUUAACACUUUGUUAUUUACAACCAUCACAGAUGAAAUUUUAUUAUGUUAUUGAUAUUAUUUGUAAAAGAAUCAUUGUUAUAAUUACUUAUGUUAUUAUAAUAAGCUAUUUAUUCUGAAUACAAUUCUUUGAUGAAUUUGUACUAUUUGGGAAGGGUUAAAGGGUAAAGGUAUACUUUCACAAUGUUUGUUAUAUUUUUAUUAAUAGAUUUACAUACAAUAGAAGUUUAAAUAUCUUUGACAUCUGAUAAGUCAAAUACGUGACAAUAAAAUCACCAUGUAAAUGAUCACUUAAAAGUUUUAAAUUUGUGGAGUAAAAUUGCAAGUGAAACAAUUCUCUUGUAUAUAUUAAAUGUGAAUAAAUGGGUAUAUUUUCAGAUUUCAAUGAUGACAGAAGUGUUUAGUCUCAGAGAGAGACAGUGAUCUCUGAGACAGAGAUUGAGACCAAAAACAGAGAUGCUUGUGCCUAGAAUUAGCAGAAACUUAGACAAGACACAAAACAUAUGAUUACUGUCUUGAUAUAGAGACAUAGACAUUUCUCAAGACACCCAACCAAACACUGACAUUUUAAGGUCAAGCAUUGAGAUUAACUCAUCAAAAUCGAGUUCCUUAUCAGUUUUCACCGAUGUAUUUGUUUCUGAUAUAUAGAGGUUUCCUUUCAAGACAAGACCGAGACAGGACACAAUGAUCACUGUCUUGACUCUUGAGACAUACAGUAUCUCAAGAAACACUGGCUGACAGAUAUUUUUAUGAGAAGUAAAUGAAGGAUUGGCCUAUAUUAGAACUGUAUAUGUAUUCAUUGAUGCAAUAUUGAUGCUAAGAGUCUAAAUAGUACUUUCACCUGUCACAGUCAUUUAAUCCAUUGAAAAUGGAAUAAUAAAAUCAUUAUAAUUAACAA